AUGGUCGGGAAGUGUUGUUGUAUCGUGAUUGGCCUAAUUUUCGGACUUUUUGUUUUGGCCGGCGUCUCCAUUUUAGUGUACUUUCUCGUAAUUGCCAAGAGCAUACAUAAUGCGCUGGUCCAUUAUGAGGUCACUGAUGCCUCCCUGACCAAGUUCGACCUCACCGCCAAUAACACCUUCCUCGACUACAACCUUACCCUCAAACUAAACCUUGAAAACCGUAGCCCCUUGGAUUACAACUUCGACCUAUUGGAGGCCGUGCCGGUUUUCAAGAGCCAAAACCUAAAUGACAUGACCAAUCUUUCGAAGCCUUUCUACCUAGAACACAAGACCAAUGUGACAUUCCCGGCAUUGUUUGCCGGGAACCACUCGGUGGCCCUCGGGGCUCAGGAGGCUUUUGAUUUCGGGAAAGCUGAUGUCUUUGAUAUUGUUUUGAAGAUUAACAGUGAGUAUUGGGCUAAGAGUGAUUCGAAGAAGGUUAGUCUUAAGCAGGAGAUGGCAUGCUACUUGAAGGUCCCUCUGAAUUCCAACGGAACAAAUGGUGGUGAGAGUUUUCAGAUUACCAAGUGCGAGAAAACUGAACUCGACAUUAACAAGGACUAG